GCCCUGGCACAGUCCAGGAUUGCAGAGCGGAGAGAGGCAGCGCCGCACAGGGCUCCCGUCUGCUGCAUGCACCGGCUCAGCCCCUGCCAGCAGCCACCGCCCCCCGCCGGGCUCUGAUUAGGUGCCAAGCGAGGAUCGCGGGCAUCCUCCCCGCCAGUGCAAGGGUUGCACAGCAGCGCCGGGCUCUACCUGCCCCCGGCCAGGUGCUCCGAGCGGGAGCUCGCCGCAGCCUCCGCUGCCCCCCUCCGCCAGCUGGGCUUGAAUGCGAGCGGGCCGCUGAAGGAUGGCAGCCACGGACACUAACAACAACACAGGUGGUGUGAUCAGCUAUGUGGGCUCCAGUGGCUCCUCUCCCAGCCGUACCAGUCCUGUCUCCCUGUGCAGUGACAGCUCCAACGGCAGCUUCCAGUGUGGCUCGCAGGCUUUCCCCUCCUACUUCCCACCCUCGCCGACUGGCUCCCUGAUCCAGGACACAAGGCCGUAUGGCGGGGGAGUGCUGGGCUCCCGGGAGGAUGGUUCCCCUUCCUCAUCCUCCUCGUCCUCCUCUUCCUCGUAUGGCUCUUCUGGGACCUCCCCUGGGGGCCUGCAGGUUGCCAUGGAUGAUGGCAGGCGCAUCUCUCCUAGCAAGACCACCAGCAGCAUCACAAAGCUGAACGGGAUGGUCCUGCUUUGCAAAGUGUGCGGAGAUGUUGCCUCCGGGUUCCACUAUGGGGUCCAUGCCUGUGAGGGCUGCAAGGGUUUCUUCCGCCGCAGCAUCCAGCAGAACAUCCAGUACAAGAAGUGCCUGAAGAAUGAGAACUGCUCCAUUGUCCGGAUCAACCGGAACCGGUGUCAGCAGUGCCGCUUCAAGAAGUGUCUCCUGGUCGGCAUGUCCCGUGACGCUGUGCGCUUUGGGCGCAUCCCCAAGCGCGAGAAGCAGCGAAUGCUGGCAGAGAUGCAGAGUGCCAUGAACAACAUGGCCAACAACCAACUGAGCGGGCAGUGCCUGCCCGAUGGCUCCCCUGCAGGGCACCCCCAGCCCACCAACCCCCUGCCCUGCCAUCAGCCCCAGCCGCAGCUCCCCGCCUCCCCCCAGCAGCAGCAGCUGCUGCCGCCGCAGCCCUGCUUCUCCCAGUUCCCACAGCAGCUGACGCCCCCACGCUCCCCCAGCCCCGGGGACGCAAUGGAGGACGUCAUAUCGCAGGUGGCUAAGGCACACAAGGAAAUCUUCGUUUACGCUCAUGACAAGCUGGGGACAGCUCCGGUCCCUGCCUGGGACAAUGAUGCCCUCAACCGGGAGAACGACCGUUGCUCCAAUGGGUACCACGCCAGUGGUCUCUAUCGCCACGACAACAACAACCUACCCCACCCCGACACCCCUCGUUUCUCCACCUGGCAUGCCAGCACCCCCAGUGCUUGCCACCAGAACAACAUGAAUGGGCAUCGCCUCUGCCCUUCCGCCUACCCCUCCUCUGCCCAGGAGGCCGAGACGCUGGCCGGCCAGGGCAGCCGGUGGCAGAGAGGCACCAAGGACAUCCUGCCGGCUUGCCCCAUGAACAUGCACCCACCUGGCCGGAGUGGCCGCACAGUGCAGGAGAUCUGGGAAGAUUUCUCCCUCAGCUUCACACCCGCCGUCCGGGAGGUGGUGGAGUUUGCCAAGCACAUCCCAGGCUUCCAGGAUCUGUCGCAGCAUGACCAAGUCGCCCUCCUCAAAGCCGGCACCUUCGAGGUGCUGAUGGUGCGUUUUGCCUCGCUGUUCAACGUGAAGGAGCAAACGGUGACCUUCAUGAGCCGGACAAAGUACAGCCUGGAGGAGCUGUGGGGCAUGGGCAUGGGUGACCUGCUCAACUCCAUGUUUGAGUUCAGCGAGAAGCUCAGCGCCCUGGAGCUCACCGAUGAGGAGCUGGGCCUCUUCACUGCUGUUGUGCUUGUCUCUGCUGACCGCUCCGGCAUGGAGGACACGGCGCUGGUGGAGCAGCUGCAGGAGACACUGAUCCGUGCCCUGCGUGCCCUGAUUCUGAAGAACCGCCCCACAGAGACAUCGCGUUUCACCAAGCUGCUGCUCAAGCUGCCUGACCUGCGCACCCUCAACAACCUGCACUCUGAGAAGUUGCUCUCCUUUCGCAUUGAUGCCCAGUAGGGCCCCUGCCCUCCCCCCAGCCCCUGAGGGACACCAGCCAGACUAUUUAUACCACAACUAAACUGACUACUCCUCGAGGACACGGACCCCCGCGCCCCCUCCCCACCCUCCCUCCCUGGGCCGAGGGUCCUUCUGUAAAUAUGACCUGUGUAUAUGGGAGUUGUGGAUCUCACGCCGCUGCCCUGUGGAGGCCUGGAGCCCCGCAGGGAAUAAUAUAUUUAAAGCAAUG